UGGAUCUGUAGGCCUAGUGAUAGUAUCUUCCGCUCCUCAUCCGCUCUGUUCCUUCAGUACCCGCCUCUCACCAUGCCGUACGUUCCUCCUCAUAGGCGACUCCGAGCGACCAGUUCCGCAGCCGAAUCCGCAAUGCCACAGCAAAGCCACCCAGGUUCGGUACUAGGUCCGGGAAACAGGGUCUGGGGAAGAGGCCGAGGCCGAGGUCGCGAUCAGUACGGGGCCGGAGGCAGAAUCUUCUCAUUCAAGCCAAAUUCGAUUAGGAGCUCUCCUAGCGCUGUCGCAUAUACCCUAGUCGACGAUUUCGUCGAGCGAGAGUCAUCGCUGAUUGUGCCUGUAACUGGGGACGAGCUCGCUGUAACCGGAUGGUCCACAAGUUCCAACCGUUUCAGGGGAGAAGUCAGCACCUACGGAAUAAAAACCUCGCUAUUCUUACCAAGGUUCCAGAAGCCGAUCUUGACAAUAACGAGUCAACCGUGAAUUCGCCUUUGUCUGAUGCCACCUCCUCCUCACCCCUCUCCGUCCAUCCCGCAGCGUCCUUACAUGACUCUAUAGCGAGUCUUCUUCGUAAAGGACUAGUUGCCGCUUUUAGAGGCAUGCAGGCUGCUGCAGAUCCUGGUGUCGGAAAGUCGCCAAACAAAGACAGAUGCAAGCUACGGAUGCCACUAGGGACGCUGCUGCUGUCGCCACCACGAAAAUCUCCAGAGUUCGAUCGUCCUCUCCAGCCUACCGCCCUUCACAAUGGGGGCGCUUGAACUGGAUUUGAACAGAAUAGCGCGGAGACUACCCACGCGGGUGUUCUCGUCACUGGAAACGGGCCUAACAGACGAUGCAUUCAGCGCCGUGUGAGAGCGCACACCAAGUCAAACUACCACAUAUGGGUGAAGGACAUGAGGAUGGGAUCUGAGUACAAGCUGAUCUACGAGCCUGUCCCUGAUAGCUCAUGAAUCAUCCUCACUAAGGUGAAGAGCAGGCAGUGCCGCUAUGCAGUCAUUCACGUGUUCCGUCCUUCCAAGGCGGCAGACUGCCGCAUCGCCCUCUGGAAAGACCCCAGGCUCUGCUGGCUUGAUGAGGCCACCCAGUCGGUGUGUGAGUGCAUAGCAUCCGCAGCAACCAUGGACAUCACCUCAGCGUUUGGGCUUCACUGGCCUAUCAACCCCGACUCAAACGACUUUGACGUCUCCAUGCUCCUCUCAUCAUCAUCGACAUCGUCCUCCUACUUUACCAUCUGUUCGUUUCGUAGUCACGGGGGUGCGGCAUAUCAGAAAGACUCGAGGCGGCGUCGGGUGGACGCUAUUGGAAGCUGUCUCGGAUCAGCGGGGUGCGGGUAGAACCCCCUGGGGCCCACCACACAAAGCUGAUUGAGUUUUGCCCGCUCUCGUGGCGGGAGAAGUUGAAGCGCCAUGGAGAGCCAAGCGACGCCACUGCACCCUCAGCACCUCCCUACCCCCCUCCUCAUCUUGCUGUGACUCGAGCUUGCAGCACGCGGCACCGCACUGGACUCCAGAGAGCAUUCUUGCCGACUUCCCUGCCCUUGUACACUGGCUGCAGCAGCGCCUGCCGUAGAGCUACAGUGCUGUAAGGGUGUCUGGUCUGCUGGUGGUGUUGCACUCCAGAGAGCACUCUUGCUGAAUGCUCAGCCCCCUUAGACUGGCUGUAGCAACACUUGCCAUCGAAGAAGCGGAGUGAACUAGUGUGGUGUCACUCUACAGGCUCAUAUCGUAUGUACAGGUGAUGCAAAUAAUAAUUGUGAGAAUUUGGU